AUGAGUAUGAGGAAGUAUAUGAAUCCCCACUCAGCAAGGGUCUUUGGUGAUAGGGUUUGGGUUAUUCCAUUCUUUGCUAGCUUGAUCAUAUUCAUUACCCUCUUUUUAUCGGGCAUUUCUGGGCUGUUUACCUCCCCACAUGGUGGAGAGCAGUUGCCAUUUGACAUUAUUUCCUUCUCAAAAUCGGAUGACUCAAAUGAGUAUUUUGUUGAAUCUGAUUUGAAAAGAUCAUUGGAAACCAAUGGGCGUUCUGAAAUUGGGGCACCUAGAUUAGCAUAUCUUAUAUCAGGUACAAAGGGUGAUAGCCAUAGGAUGAUGAGGACUUUAAGCGCGGUAUAUCAUCCAAGAAAUCAAUAUAUCCUACAUUUGGAUCUUGAGGCUCCGCCUCGUGAAAGGUUGGAAUUGGCAAGUUCAGUGAAGGCUGAUCCUACUUUUAGUGAAGUGGAGAAUGUGCGUGUUAUGGCUCAAUCCAAUUUGGUGACGUAUAAGGGCCCUACAAUGAUUGCUUGUACCUUACAAGCCAUUUCCAUUCUGUUAAAGGAGAGCUCAGAGUGGGACUGGUUUAUAAACCUCAGUGCGUCAGAUUAUCCUCUCAUGACACAAGAUGAUUUGCUUCAUGCUUUCUCCAAUCUGUCUAGAAACCUCAACUUUAUUGAACUUAUGCAGAUUACUGGAUGGAAACUGAAUCAAAGAGCAAAACCAAUCAUAAUUGAUCCAGGCCUGUACUUAUCAAAAAAAUCUGACCUUGCAUGGACCACUCAGCGCCGAUCACUUCCUACAUCAUUCAAGUUGUUUACAGGUUCAGCUUGGGUAAUGCUAUCGCGAUCGUUUCUUGAAUAUUGUAUAUGGGGCUGGGAUAACCUACCACGUACCAUCCUUAUGUAUUACACCAAUUUUGUUUCUUCUCCAGAAGGCUAUUUUCAUACUGUUAUUUGCAACAAUGAGGAAUUUCGCCACACUGCAAUAAGCCAUGAUCUCCAUUACAUUGCUUGGGACAGCCCUCCGAAGCAGCACCCCAUCUCGUUGUCUAUGAAGGACUUUGACAAAAUGGUAAAGAGCAAUGCUCCAUUUGCUCGAAAAUUUGCAAGGGAUGACCCUGUCUUGGACAAAAUUGAUAAAGAACUUCUCGGUCGAAAAAGCCGGUUUGCGCCUGGGGCUUGGUGUAUAGGCAACCCAGAAGGUGGGGCUGACCCAUGCUCAGUGCGCGGUAAUGAUUCAGUGUUUAGGCCAGGUCCUGGUGCUGUGAGGUUCCAAGAGCUGCUUCAGACACUGUUGUCUGAAGAUUUCCAGAAAAAGCAAUGUACAUGA